AUAUUUUGCGUACAACCGGGUUAGAGCUUGCCGCUGUAUAUAAGAAAAAUUUUCGCGUUUGGAGGAAUUACGUAGACGGAUUUUAUAAUAAUAUAUUGAAUAGUUUCAGUUGUUUGUGUGUAAUAUUGGAAAUAAAAGAAAAUGGAUCUGUCGGGUCCACUUUUGAUAUCAAACAUCUUGUCUGGUGAGGAACUGGAGAAAACACCGCUUGUGGUGCAAGAUAAAUUAAAGACAUGGCUAGACGGAUUUGUUGAUGAAUUCUGUAAAAAUAAAGCAGCGGCAAAUCGCCUUCAUGAUUAUGAACAAAAAUCUGAGGAGUUACAAGCUCAAAUUCAGGAUUAUGAGGUGAAAUUAGAGAGUCAAGAUAAAAAUGUUGCAGAACUUCGUACUCAACUGGACAAUGUUUCUGCGGAUCGUGUUCAUCUUCUUGAGAAGUGCAAUAAUCACGAAAGAGAAUUGGCAGCGCUACGUGCUGAAAGAAAUUCUGUAGCGGAAGAACGGGAUUCUUUGUUGAAGUUAAUCGAGCGUCAAAAAAGUGAGCUAGAUAGGCUACAGGAAGAAAUUCAUUCGUAUCAACAACAACUUAAAAAUGCUAUUUCUUCAAAAUGCGAAGCUAUUGCUAGAGUAGACGAAAUAGAAAGCCAGAAAGUGGCGCUUGAUUUUAAAGAACGACGAAUGGAGCAAGAACGAGCAAUGCUUCAUAAUCAGAUUAGAACUCUCACAGACGAUUUGAAUCGCAAUAUAUCUGAGCUUCAGAGUAUUAGACGAGAUAAUACAGUGCAGGGUAUGCAUCUUGAGGCCAAGCUUGCUGACAAAACUGAAGAACUGAAAAUAGCACAGAAUCAGUGUGCACAAUACAAAGAAACAAAUGAUAGGCUAACUCAAAAUGUUCAAGAUUUGUCAACUAAAAUAUUAAACCAAAAUGAAGAAGCGAACAAAAUGAUGGAUUUCUACAAAAAAGAGCUUGAGGCAAAAACGAAAUUGGCUGAAUUAUACAAAAGUAAUUGCGAAGACACAGACAUUGAGCGUAAUGAACUAAGUACGGCAAUAACUGAUCUAAAGCGCAUGCUGGCUGAUGCCAGUGAACAAUAUGGAGAAAUAGAGACAAAACUCAAAGCUACUGUCCUACAACAUGAUCAAGAAUUAGAAGAACGCGACAAAAUCAUUGAGUCUCAAAAAUCUGAGCUUCAACACGCAAACGAUUUGUUAAAAGAGCUGCAAAAUGAAACUACAGAGAGUGCUAUAUCGAAAAUUGCUCCAUCUGCGGCAAUUGCUAGCAAAUUAAUAAGAACUGAUAUGUCUUUGACGGAAUUAUAUUCACUUUAUGUCAAGAGUUCGGAAGAACUUGAACUUCAAAAACGAGAAAAUGCCCGACUAAACCUGCAAUUAAAAACAAUCUUGCAAGAAUUAAGCGAAAAUGCUCCUGUAAUUAAAAAACAAGAACUCGAGUACGAAAAAUUAAUUGAAACCAAUAAUAUUUUAGCUCACCAACGUGAUGAAUUACUCAGUAAGAAAGCAGAUAUGGAGGAUCUUAUGGACAACGCACAUUCCAAAAUAAAUCACUUAGAAAGAGAAAAUAAAAAAUUAAAGAAUUCACAGAAUGAUCUUAGUCGUCAAGUGUGUUAUUUACUUAAGGAAGUUGAGCAGUUACGAAUCGGACUAAUUUCAGACAACGGUCCCAAUCAAAGUGGAAAUCUUUCAACCACCGAUGAUGUUAUAUCAAAGAAAUUGGUCACAUUCAAUAGUAUUGUCGAAUUGCAAGAGAAUAAUCAAAAAUUAUUGCUUUUAGUUCGCGAUCUAAGCACUAAAUUGGAGGAUGCCGAAACAUUGAAACAACAAAUGGAUGCUGCAGCAUAUCAAGAGAAAAUUGAAAACUAUGCCAAGAAAUUCCAGUCAAUGCAAGAAACAUUGAAUCAACAAAAUAAUACUGUGGCAACAUUGGUUUCAAAAUGUGAGCGUUAUAAGAAAAUGUAUUUCGAUCUUCAAAAAAAUGUUCAGAAGUCCGGUUCACAGUUAGAACUCAGUACUGCUGAUGACGCUGAAAUGGUCGACCUAGAUGAAACUGAAAAUAAAAAUACAACUAAUACUUCGAGCCAAAGUAAGAAUAGAAAAUCUAUAGAUUCAAAUUCAGAACGUCGCAUAAGAGACUUGGAGCAGCAGUUACAAGAAGUUAAGGAACAGCAUAAAACCCUUAAGGAACAAUAUGAAUAUUAUACAAAGGAGAAAAAAAAUAACGAACGUAUUAUGAAUGAACAAUUUGAUUCAAUGCGCACUGAAGUUAGGGAAUUAACUUCAACCAAUUGUAAACUUAUGUCUUCUCUAGAGUAUAGCAAAGAGCAAAUAAAACUACAACAGAAGAACAUAUCCACUUAUAAGCAACAAAUUACUGCUCUAGAAGAUCGUAGCAAAAACUAUGAGAAUACAAUUAUAAAACAUGAGCAAACUGUACAUUUCCUAAAAGACGAAGUCAUGAAGUCUCAGCAUGGACUCUCCUCUGCUCAGAGCGAAGCAUCUCAUUUACGAAGUGAAAAUCGCAUACUUAAAGACACUGUAAAUCGGCUGCAAGCUGAAAAGGAAGGUUAUCACCGUGAACAGCAAAAUCAAAAUUUACUUUUGAACAACUUGGAGUUGAUCAAAUCUAAUUUAGAACGUUCAGAAAUGGAAGGGCGAGCACGUUUGGAACAAAGGUUGGACGAAACAGUACGCGAAUUGUCCGCACAACGUCGUAGAUUCCAGGAGGAGGAGGAUCGCUUCCGAGAAACCACAAGUGAUCUUAAGCGACAAGCUGAAUCGGCAAAGAAGCAUAUGGAAGAAGAAAGAUCUCAAUCUGAAAAACUACGAAAUGAGUUACAUUUAGUUCGGGAAGAGCUCGCAGCUAAAACAAAUCAAAUCGAUGAGCUUAGCAAGAAAUUACAGGAAAGUCUAACUCCCUCCAAAAAUGACAAUCCCAUUGCUUUGGCGAACAAAAAAGCUCGAGAAUUUGAAGUAAAACUUGAGGAAGCUAAAAUUGAAAUAAAUUCUUUGCAAAGUGAAUUGGCAAAGACUAAAGAACAUGCGGAUCAAUAUUUUAAAAUGUCCCAAAGCGCUGAAGCCGAAAUUAAAAAUCUUCAUGAAGUGCAUACCGCAUACACCACUAAAGCUGAGUCUCAACUGAAUGAGUUGAAAUUAGCCGAAUUGAAUCUAAAAUCUCGCAUUAGCGAACUGGAAGCAGAGGUGCAACUAGCAUCUGUAACAGAAGUACCAAACUCCAAUCAAUCCGAUCAACUGAAAAGGUCUAAAGAAGAACUGAAAGAUGCUCUACAGAAGUUAAGUGAGUGUAACCGAAAUCUUCGCACAUUGAGAACAGAAAAUACUUCCUUGUCAGAAACACUAAACUCAGUACAAGGAAAAUAUGCCAAUGAAAUGAUGUUGCACUCAGCCGACAUACAAGAGCUUACAAAAGUUAAGGCUGAAAUGACUAAGGUACAAGAUCAAAUAAAUGAAUUGAUCAUAGAACGAGAUUGUGCCAAAAAAAUGUACGAAGAACUUAAAGGCUCACAUGAUGAGUCGUUACGUUUACUCCAAAAUGAAAGAGACGAAAUGGAUAAGCGAAUAGUGGAUCUGAAUGGACUUAAUUCCAGCUUACACGACCAAAUUGAAGCAUUAACAAUGAAACUAAACAUACUCAGCCAAACACAAGCACCAAACUUGUCUACGAAUUCAUUGAAUGAAUCAAAUAUGGAUACUUCUUGUUCAGAUUUAAAUCGUUCCAAAUUAGAAGAUGACUCCAAGAAUAAUGACCAAUUAUUACAAAUCAUAAAAUAUUUACGAAAAGAAAAGGACCUUAUCGAUGCAAAAUUGGACAUAUUAAAAGCGGAAAAUGCGCGAUUGCAGUCGGAGAAUAUGAUUUUACAGAAAAAAAUGGAUGAAUUAAAGGGAAGCUUUAACCAGGAGCGAGCUAAAUCUGAGACCUUGGUGGUUUCAGCCACGAAACACGAAGAAAUUCUUCGUAAGAUAGAAAACCUAAAUGCCAUAACUGAUAGUAAUAGAAUAUUGCGUGAAGAACGUAACUCGCUUGCUGCACGUGUAAAAGAGCUCAACGAUCACAUUAACACUAUCGAAAAUGAUUUGCUACCUUUACAAAAUCAAAAUCGAGAGCUCUCCACAAAGAUUGAGGAAAUCACAUCAGAAAAUACUUCCCUACGCACAGAAGCUAUUAAGUGGCGGCAACGUGCCAACGUUUUGGUUGAAAAGAGCAAUAAAAAUCCUGAGGAAUUUAAGCGUCUACAAACGGAACGGGAAAAUUUGGCUAAAAUGUUGACUCAUGAAAAGGACUUGCUGAAACAAACUACCGAUGAGCUAAACGCCAUCAAAGCAGACAAGCUUCAACGUGAAACCGAUAUAGCAUCGCUUGAAAAGCAAAUCCAAACUCUAAAUGAAGAAAAGAAGAAAGUCACUGACGACUACACCAGUGUACGUCAAAAUAACAUGCGCAUGUUGCAAGAGAUUAUGGAAUUGCGCAAUAAAUUGUUGCAAAAAGAAGAAUCCCUACAAAAGCUUACUGAAGAAAUGGAAUCUAAAGAAGCUCAAUUGCAAGAUUCUAAGAACAAAGAAUUCCAGAUUCGCAAAAUAGCUAAACGCUAUAAGGACUCUUAUUUAGAGUUAUCCAAUAAAACCGCGGCCGCCUCAUCAGAUGGUUCCGUAACGACGCAAGAUAACAUGGAUCUGGGCGGCAACAGUGGAGCUGAUGGUUCUGCAGCCAMUGCAACGGCCGUAAGUAAUGAAAUAGAACAACAGCGUACUACAAUUGAAAAUCUUAAUGGUGUCAUUCGAACAAUGCAAGAAGAAAGCGAUAAGCUACGCAAGGACUACGAUGAUUUGAAAACGGCGGUAGAAAUUGAUGAUCGCACCAAAACUCUUUUACGAGAGGCGAAGGCACGUAUUGUGAGUUUAACUGAAUCCAAGAAUGCUAUCAGUCAGGAAUUAAACACUACUAAGAGCAAAUUACAGAAUGUUUUACAAAGUUCUGAAAACACAGAUUCUACUAUUAAUAAUAUAAAAACUCAGUAUGAAGAGACUUUAGCACGGCUGGAGAAAGAAUUACUUGAACAAAAUACCCAGAAUAAAGAGGCAAUUGCUCGUCUGACCAGAGAAAACGAAUCUUUGCUGAUGCGCAUUAAUCAACUAAACCGACAACUAGGUUUACAACAAUCAGCUAAGCCGUCCACGAGUUCGGUGGCCAUAACCGAUAAAGGUUGCAUUUCAGAAUCUUCUCUACGCACAGCGAACGUUAAGCCUAUGUCUGGGUCCACAACCGUACAGCAAUCGGCAACAGUAACACCAUGGCGCGGGAGUGAAACCCCUUUGGCUAGUAUUCGUCCAAUAUCGGUGCAGAAUAGCCGAACAGCUGCCAUUCUACCUACUAGCCAACAGCCUGUAGCCGGUGGAUCAUCGACGUCGACGUCAACUUCAUCGUCUAGUACUACGAACGCUUCGACUGGCAGCAGUAACACGGCAUUGGUUCCCCCACAACAGCAGGUGCAUACUACUGGUAGCAGUUCAAUAGAGUCGAUGUCAUCGUCGCCAACUUCAUCACACACCGAUUAUAUGCCAUCCACGAGCACAUCGGCUUCGGUUGCGGUUGCUGCUAUUCCACCAAUGGGUUCUACAUCUGCAGCAGAAAGUUCACAAGAAGCAGAAAGCAUUCAACAGCCUCAACAAAAUGAAUCACAAUUGCUUGUAGGUGGCGGCCAGCAACAGGUUGUUGCCCUAGUUUCGCCACGUGUUGAGGGGUCCUCUCAAAAUGUACCAUCUCCAAAUCUGCAACUUCAGCAAGAUCCUAGUAAUCAACAACCCAGUACAUCGGGAACUACCAGUUCGAGCUCACAUAUUGCCGUUAGUAGUCACAGCCGCCAUGCACCUUCGAGCAGCAGCGUUACCACUACACAAGCUGGUACAUCAGGCGGUCAUAAGAGAUCUCGCGAGCCAGAAGGUGACUCAUCGACAAAUGUUGAAGAUUGUAACGCUGAUAAAACCGCCAAACAUCCAAAACGUUUGCGUGGAUCUGAGCCCGCUAUUUUGGGUGUAACAGAGUCAGGAAUUGACGUUGAGUAUCAGGUUCCGACUUCAUCGCAGCGUGAUCAAGAGGAUGACAUUGUUGUUGUCGACUCAGAGGAGGAAGACGACGGUAUGAUUGAUGCUGAUGAUGGACCAACCGACGGGGAUGCCGAGCAUGAAGGGUAUGAAGAUUCGUAUGAACAAGACCAAGACAUGGAUGAAAACGAAAUUCCAGAAGUCAAUGAAAGUAAUAUACACGCUGAUGCCGAAGUAGAUAACAAUGAAGUAGAUGUGGAUGAGGGUACAGAAAACCAAGCACAGUGCACUUCAGGCACUGACAACCAGCCAGAUGCUCAUUAUAACACUGGAGCUAGUACAAGUCAAGCAGCCGCGGCUGCAAUAGCACACAGUCAUGAGAUGGAUAGCCAUCAGCAGAGCCAAACUAUCAGCAGCGGUAGCUAUGAAACCAACACCAAUGCCGUUCUUCCAACUGGCCCACAAUGGAAGCAAACUCGCCCACAGAAAGCGACAAUGUUACCACAACAGGGAAUUAGUGGAAACAUAAAUGAUAACACUGAACAAGAUCUCAGUGGAAGUCGACCUUCUGAUAGCGGCGUUGAGAUCGUAAGCUCACCACAAGGUUCAAAAUUUGGAGCUAGUGAAACUGCUGUCCAUUCCGAUCAACAUGAAAAUAUUGCUGCUACUAACGAGGCGACCGGGGAAAAUGUAGUAGAGACUGAAGAACUUGUUGGAGAACACAACGACGAGAAUGGGCCAGACGCUUCCAAAAGUGGUGGGUCGGGUGAAGCCGCGCUUGCCACAGAAGAAGAUAUGGAAGCUGUAGAAGAAGAGUUUGCGGAAGAAGCUGCUACUGGUGAAGUUCCUGAAAAUGCAGAUAGCGAAAGUCACCAUAGCAGCGGUGCUACGCAGUCUGAAAUACAAGAUAUCCAGCAAAAUCAGGUCGAAGCAACGUCUGAAGAUAAUGAAGGCGCAGAUGGUGUUUCCUCAGAGGGUGAAAAACAAGCUGUAGAGGAAGUAGAAGAAGAAGGACGUGAAGCCGAAGCCUCCACUUCACCUUCAAUCACCACACGUUCGAAAGCCAUCAAAGGGACGACAAAUGUAAGAAGACCUUCUCGUGGGUUUCAGCGAGGUGGUAGACCUACACCUAUAAUUUGGCAAGAUAGUGCUGGACAUUCAAGGAAUGUUUCGCCAAAUCACCGUGGACAAGAGCAGCCUGGUAGUCCACUUCGUGGCUUUCCAAACCAGCGUUCACAAAGAGCCCGACGUAUGCGACGCCCAACCGGAGGAAAUUACGGAAACAUGCGUUACUCAUAAAUAUUAGCCAUUAGAAAUAGUAUUUAAAAUAUCAUAUACAGCACCCAUUAUAUUCCUCAAUAUAAAACGCUCAACAUAAAAAUGGAUUUAAUUGAUUUUGAACAAUGAA